UCGGUUUACUAAAAACGAACGACUCUGGCGAAAACAGCUACGAUUCCCUAUAUAAGUACGCAUUCUCUUCCUCUUCUCGCUCCAGUUGCAACUAGCAGUCGCUUCAAACUUCGUUAUUAUUAUCGUUAUUGUGUUGCUUUUCCUAACGCUUCGAUUACCAUGUCCAAGAACAUCCUCGUCACCGGUGGCGCCGGUUAUAUCGGCAGCCACACCGUUCUCCAGCUCCUAUUGGGUGGCUUCAACACCGUCGUCGUCGACAACCUGAACAACUCCUCCCCCGUCGCGCUCCAGCGCGUCAAACGACUCGCCGGUGAUUUCGGCGACAAUCUCUCCUUUCACCAGGUGGACCUCCGAGACAAAGAAGCACUCGAACAAAUUUUUGCUUCAAAACGAUUUGAUGCUGUCAUACACUUUGCUGGGCUAAAAGCUGUAGGUGAAAGCGUGCAGAAACCAUUGCUCUAUUUCAACAACAAUUUAAUCGGGACAAUUACUUUGUUGGAAGUCAUGGCUGCGCAUGGAUGCAAAAAGCUUGUGUUCUCAUCUUCAGCCACUGUCUAUGGUUGGCCAAAGGAGGUCCCAUGCACCGAAGAGUUCCCUCUUUCUGCAGCAAACCCAUAUGGGCGAACCAAGCUCUUCAUAGAAGAAAUUUGUCGUGACAUCUAUCAAUCGGACUCCAAAUGGAAAAUCAUUUUACUAAGAUACUUUAAUCCAGUGGGCGCACAUCCUAGUGGUGAUAUUGGUGAGGAUCCCCUCGGAAUUCCUAACAACCUCAUGCCCUUUGUUCAGCAAGUUGCUGUUGGUAGGCGACCAGCCCUGACAGUUUUUGGAAAUGACUAUUCAACUAAGGAUGGUACUGGGGUCCGUGACUACAUUCAUGUUGUUGAUUUAGCUGAUGGGCACAUUGCUGCUCUGCACAAGCUGAAUGAACCUGGUAUAGGCUGUGAGGUUUACAACUUGGGAACUGGUAAGGGAACAUCAGUUCUGGAGAUGGUUGCUGCAUUUGAAAAUGCUUCUGGAAAGAAAAUUCCACUAGUAAUGGCUGGGCGGCGGCCUGGCGAUGCUGAAAUUGUUUAUGGAUCAACAGAUAAAGCAGAAAAGGAAUUGAAUUGGAAGGCAAAAUAUGGAAUAGAUGAGAUGUGCCGGGAUCAGUGGAACUGGGCAAGCAAAAAUCCUUAUGGCUAUGGAUCUUCCGACUCAAACUAGAACAACAUUUAUAUUCUUUUAUGUGUUCGAUCAUUCAUUUUCUGUUAUAUGUACUCGUCGCCCGUGGUGUCAUGCUUAUGUCGCCUUCUGAGAAUGGGUGUUUCUUAACUUUGUUGGUGGAGAUUUAAGCUGAUAAUCAUUGUGGUGUAUCAUCAUUCUAGGUUACUAACCUAGUACUCUGCUUGGUUUAUAAUCACAUUUAACUAAUAUAAUUGAAGUACUCUAGGUCCUGAACAUUGUGCUGAA